AUGGCUCCUCCAGUGUGGACGCUGGUGCUGCUGGUGGGUGGCCUGCGCCACGCGGCUGCCUCUGAUAGCUACCUUUUCUUCCCAGCUGUUCUCACCCAGUGUGAUUUUGAGGAUGACUCCAAGCCCCUCUGUGACUGGUCCCAAGUAUCCGCAGAUGACGGGGACUGGAUUCGAGCCAGUGGGCCCUCCCCGACCAGCACUACCGGGCCCCCCGGAGGGUACCCCAAUGGAGAUGGCUACUACCUGCACAUGGAUUCCAGCCACUUCCCCCAGGGCGGGGUGGCCCGCCUGCGCAGCCCUGACCUGUGGGAGCAAGGCCCCCUCUGCGUGCGCUUCGCCUACCACAUGUUCGGGCUGUCCUGGGGUGCACAGCUGCGGCUGCUGCUGCUGGCCGGCAACCAGGGCAAACGCCCCAACGUGCUCUGGAGACACGUGAACACCCAGAGUCCCUCCUGGAUGCCCACCGCGGUCACCAUGCCCGCGGAGCUCGCCCUGCCCAGCCGGCUCAUAUUCGAGGGGACCAGGGGCAGCACCGCCUACCUGGACAUCGCUCUAGACGCCCUCUCCAUCCACCGGGGCACCUGCAAUCAUGUCUGCCUGACGCAAAUGUGCAACUUCGACACCCUCAACGACCUCUGCGGCUGGAGCUGGGUCCCGACGGCCUCCGGGGCCAAGUGGAUCCAGAAGAAGGGGUCAUCGGGGCAGCCAGGCGUGGGGCCUCAGGAUGACUUCUCCAACCCUGGCAGGAUUUCCGCUCAUUUGUCUCCCACUUGCGGCCCUGCCUUCGCGGCCACCCUCUUUGCUGGCUCCGCCGGCUCGCGCCCUCGACGCCUUGGCCCAGCUGUCAGCGCGUGCGCCUCGCGGUCACCGGGCACGAGCACGCAUGCGUGCACGCUCCUGCGACCCAGCGGCCAUUUUCUUCGCCGCCGGGCGUCGGCGCUCUCUCAGCCGUGUGGGCCAACGGCCGUGUCUUUGAGGGAGGAGAGGAGGAGCAAGAACAGGAAGCGACAAGAUGGCUUCUACAUGCUUCUGGACCCCAAGAACGCAAAGCCACGGCAGAAAUCUGCCCUCCUGAGCCCCCUGAGCCAGUCGGCCGGCUGCCUGACCCUUUCCUUCCACUACACCCUCUGGGGCCAAUCUCCUGGGGCAGCCCUCAGCGUCCUUGCUUCAGUCUUGGGAAGCAUCCGGAAACACACCCUCUUCUCCGGGCAGCCCAGCCCCAACUGGCAGCCUGUGUCUGUCAAUUAUUCGGGACCGGGACAGAUACAGUUCACUGUGGUGGGCGUGUUUGGAGAUGUCCCAGAGCCGGCUGUGGCGGUGGAUGCCAUCAGCAUUGCUCCCUGUGGGGAGAGCUUUCCCCAGUGUGUCUUUGAAGAUGCAGCCCACCCCUUCUGUGACUGGCUGCAGGCAUCUGAGGAUGGUGGACGCUGGGCCUGGACUGAUAAAGAUAUGCUGGUCCAGGACAGAAGCCUCGUGAGAGAGUCCCCUCACACAGGGCACCCCUACAUUUACCUGGAGGCUGACAAGUUUUCCCGGGCUGGGCAGUCUGUCCGGCUGGUGAGCCGGCCCUUCUGUGCCCCGGGUGACGUCUGUGUGGAGUUCAGUUACCACAUGUACGGCCUCGGGGAGGGCACCACACUUCAGUUCCUGCUGGGGAGUCCCGCAGGCAGCACCCCAGUUUCCCUCUGGAACCGCGUGGGGUCUCAGAGCCCGGACUGGCUGAAUGCCUCCGUCACUAUCCCCUCGGGACAUCAACAACCCAUGCAGCUGGUUUUUGAGGCCAUCAGGGGCAGCAAUACGGCCUUCGUUGUGGCUAUGAGUUUCAUCUUGAUCAACCAUGGGACCUGCCACGUGCCUGUGCCACCAGUGAUUCCUAUCAAAAUUUCAGAACAGCCCACAGCCCCUGCUGAAGGGACCACCAAGCCCCCUGAAGGGACCAUCGAGCUCCCUGAAGAGACCAUCGAGCUCCCUGAAGAGACCACCGAGCCCCCUGAAGAAACCACUGAGCCCCCUGAAGGGACCAUCGAGCCUCCUGAAGAGACUACCAAGCCCCCUAAGGAACCCACCAUCUCCACUGAAGAGACCACCAUCCCCACAGAACCAUCCACCAUCCCCACAGAAAAGCCCACCGUCCCCACAGAACCACCCACCGUCCCCACAGAACCACCCACCAUCCCCACAGAAAAGCCCACCGUCCCCACAGAAGAGACCAGCAUCCCCACAGAACCACCCACUGUCUCCACGGAAAAGCCCACUGUUGCCACAGAACCACCCACUACCAGCAUCCCCACAGAACCACCCACUGUCCCCACAGAAAAGCCCACUGUCCCCACUGAAGAGACCACACCCCCUACAACAGCUCGCUCCACCCUCACAUCCCUUGAACCAACCACACACACCCCAAGCACCUCUCUAACCAGUACGACCCUGAGCACCACCACCACUCCCAGUCCCACCACAGUGAGCUGCCCUGCGAAUGCCCACUAUGAGUCCUGUGCCUGCCCUGCAUCCUGCGAGCAUCCCAAGGCCAGCUGCGAGCCACCCUGUCAGCCAGGCUGCGUCUGUGAUCCCGGGCUCGUGUUUAGCAACAACAGCUGCAUCAAAGCCUCUUCCUGCCAUUGCUUGUACAAUAACAACUACUACAAGCCUGAGGCAGAGUGGUUCAGCCCCAACUGCACGGAACUUUGCUACUGCUGGCCGGGAGGUCGGAUUGAGUGCCAGAUCUCACAGUGCAAAACACACACCAGAUGCCAGCUGAAGAAUGGCCAGUACGAAUGCCAGCCCUAUGGUAAGGCCACCUGCUUUGUCUACGGAGACCCUCACUAUGUCACCUUUGAUGGGAGACACUUCGGCUUCAUGGGCAAAUGUACCUACAUCGUGGCAGAACCCUGCGGCAAGUCAACAGAAUCCUUCUUCAGGGUGACGGCAAAGAAUGAGGAACGCGGACAGGAGGGCAUGUCCUGCCUGAGCAGGGUUGACGUGACCCUGGCCAAGACUGUGGUCACCUUGCUCAAGGGCAGACGCACGCUGGUCGGGGGUCAGCAAGUCACCCUCCCAGCAAUGCCUGCUAAAGGCAUCUUCCUGGGUCCGAGCGGACGGUUUGUGGAGCUGCAGACAGAUUUUGGUUUGCGGGUCAGGUGGGACGGCGACCAGCAGCUGCUUGUGACUGUGCCCAGUACCUACUUCCAAAAGCUGUGUGGCUUGUGUGGAAACUACGACGGCAACAGCAACAACGACAACCUGAAGGCAGACGGCCAGCCUGCUCAGAGCGAGGAGGAGCUGGGCAACAGCUGGCAGUCGGCCCAGGAUGAGGACAAGGAGUGCCAGAAGAACCAGGCAAACCCCCCGUCCUGUGACACAGCCCUGCAAACAAAGAUGUCCGGACCCCAGUUCUGUGGCCAGCUUGUGGACUCUCGUGGAGUGUUUGAGACAUGCCUGCUCCACCUGAAGGCCUCGUCCUUCUUUGACAACUGUGUGUUUGACACGUGCAACUUCCAGGGCCUGCAGCUGAUGCUGUGCGCCCACAUGUCGGCCAUGACCGCCGCCUGCCAGGACGCUGGCUAUGCUGUGAAGCCGUGGAGGGAGCCCCAGUUCUGUCCCCUGGCCUGCCCGCCCAACAGCAGAUACUCCCUGUGCACCUCGCCAUGCCCCAAAACCUGCCACACGGGGUAUGUGGGCAUGUCCUGCCCAGAACAGUGCCUGGAAGGCUGCGAAUGCAACCCUGGCUUCAUCCUCAGCGGCCUGGAGUGCGUGCCCACGGCCCAGUGUGGGUGUCUCGACCCCUCGAGGGGCUACUUCAAGGUAGGGGAGCAGUGGUUCAAGUCAGACUGCAAACAGCUCUGUGUCUGUGAAGGCAGCAACCAGAUUCGCUGCCAGCCCUGGAAGUGUGGGCCCCAGGAGGUCUGCAGCCAGCAGAGUGGCAUCUAUGGCUGCCACUCACAAGGAAGUGCCACCUGCAGUGCCUCGGGGGACCCCCACUACCUGACCUUCGAUGGAGCCCUGCACCACUUCAUGGGCACCUGCAACUACGUCCUGACCCAGCCUUGCAGGCACAGGCCCCAGGAGAACUCCUUUGUCGUGAGUGCCACCAACGAGAUCCGCGGGUGGCAACUUGGAGGUCUCCUACGUCAGAGCUGUCCACGUGCAGGUCUUCACCUCAAAAUCUCGCUUGUCAAAGGCCACAAGGUCGUGCUGAACGGCCGUCGGGUAGCCUUACCCGUGUGGCCCUCCCGGGGCCAGGUGACCGUUAGGCCCAGUGGCAACUUCAUGCUCCUCUACACUAACUUUGGGCUUCGUGUCCGCUAUGACGGGAACCACCUGGUAGAAGUGACGGUGCCCUCCUCCUAUGCCGGCCAGCUCUGCGGGCUGUGUGGCAACUACAACAAUAACAGCUUGGAUGACAACCUGCUUCGAGACAGGAAAACUGCAAGCAAUUCCGUGCAUCUGGGUGCUGCCUGGAAGCUGGAGGAGGGCUCUGAAACUGGCUGCUUCCUCGAGGGCGGCAAACCCUCCAGCUGCCACGAGGACAUGGGAGACACAUGGAACAAGCACUGCGAGGUCCUCAUGAACCCCCUGGGGCCCUUCUCUCAGUGCCACAAGGUGGUGCCCCCGGAGGUCAGCUUCACCAGCUGCGUGCAUGGCCAGUGUGGGACCAAGGGUGACAGCCUGACCCUGUGCCGCUCCCUGCAGGCCUACGCGUCCCUUUGUGCUGCCGGCCAGGCCCUGGCCUGGAGGAAUAGCACCUUCUGCCCUCUGAAGUGCCCACCCAACAGCAGCUACAACCCCUGUGGGAGUCCCUGCCCAGGCACCUGCCUCAGCUUGAACCACCCGAAGGACUGCCCCAUCACACUGCCCUGUGUGGAGGGCUGCGAAUGUCAGAAAGGCUACAUCCUGAGUGGAACCUCCUGUGUGCCCCUCAACCAGUGUGGCUGCACCGACACCGAGGGCUCCUACCACCUGGUUGGGGAGAGCUGGUACACAGACAACACCUGCACCAGGCUCUGCACCUGCUCCCUGCACAACAACAUCACCUGCCGCCAAACCGCCUGCAAGCCUGGCCAGCAGUGCUGGGCCGUGGAUGGGCUUCUGCGCUGCCGGGACUCGGGCAUGGGCGUGUGCCAGGUCACGGGGGACUCCCGGUACCUCAGCUUCGAUGGCAGCAGCCAUCCUCUCCAGGGUACCUGCACGUACGUCCUGGCCAAAGUGUGUCACCCCAACAUGGACCUGCCAUUCUUCAAGGUGAGCGCCAACAAUGAGAAGUCGUCAGAAGGCGGGACCAACGCGGUGUCCCUUCACCAGGUCUACAUAGAGUUCUCUGGCUCCCUGGUCACCCUGCAGAAGGGCAACCUCGUGCUGAUCAACAGUACCCAGGUCACCCUCCCCGCCACCUCCCAGAUCCAGAGGCUCAGCAUCACCUCCAGCCGCACCCACACCAUCGUCAGCUUCUGGAUUGGAGCCCAGAUCAAGUUUGACGGCAGUCACGUCUUGGAGAUCACAAUCCCUGCAGCCUAUUAUGAAAAGGUCUGUGGCAUCUGUGGGAACUACAACGGGGAGCCCGAGGACGAACUGAUGAUGCCCAGCGAUGAGCUAGCCGCCAGUGACCUUGAAUUUGUGAAGAGUUGGAAAGAUGAUAACAUUGACCCAAAUUGCCAGAAGUCCCAGGAAGGGAUAGGAAAACCCCAGGAGGAGCAGGAGCCAAGCGGGUCCAGCGAGAAGGCCAGCUGCAGCCCGGCCGACCUCCAGAAGGUGCAGGAGCAGUGCCAGGCUGCCCUGCAGACGCCUGGCUGGGCCACGUGUGCCUCCCACGUGGACCUCAGGCCCUUCCUGCUGGACUGCAUGAACAGCCUCUGCGAGUUCCGAGGCUCCCUUCAGCCUCUCUGCAAGGCCCUGCAAGCCUUGGGGGCCGCCUGCCAGAGCAAGGGGCUGAAGCCCCCUAUCUGGAGGAACAGCAGCUUCUGCCCUCUGGCAUGCCCGACCUACAGCACCUACACCAACUGCCUUCCCUCCUGCUCGCCCUCCUGCUUUGACCCGGAUGGCCGCUGUGAGGGCGUCAGAGCCCCUUCCACCUGUGCAGAGGGCUGCACCUGCCAGCCUGGCUAUGUGCUGAGCAAGAACAAGUGUGUGGCCAAGGAUCAGUGCGGCUGCAGGGAUGCCCAGGGCAGCUCCAUCCCUUCUGGUAAGAGCUGGAUCUCCAGUGGCUGCAACCAGAAGUGUGCCUGCACCGAGGGCACGAUUCAGUGCCGUGCCUUCCACUGCCCCUCAAGGUCCCAUUGCAAGCUCCACUCCAAUGGCAACAGCAACUGCGUGUCUGAAAAGUCAGACCAGUGCUCAAUCUUCGGGGACCCCCAUUACCGCACCUUCGACCGCUUCAGCUUCGGCUUCCGGGGCCGCAUGACCUACGUUCUGAUAAAGACGGUGGAUGAGCUCCCUGACGGGGUGGAGCGCCUGCUUGUGCAGGCGCGCAACAAGAUGUACCCGCCCUGGAACAAGGUCUUCUUGCAGGAAAUCAUCACCACUGUCUAUGGCUACAAAGUCCAGCUCCAGAAGGACCUGGUGCUUGUGGUGAACAACCAGAAGAUGGCUGUCCCCUACAAGCCCGAGGAUCGCCUGCGGGUCAGCAUGCAGGGCCAGCGGCUGUUUCUGAUCACCGACUUCGAGAUGGUCGUCAGCUUCGAUGGCAGGAACGCUGCUGUGAUCAAGCUGCCCAGCAUGUACCAGGGGCUGGUGCGCGGCCUGUGUGGGAACUAUGACUCAGACAGGAGAAACGAGAUGGUGCUGCCCAGUGGCGCCAUCACUACCAACGUAGAUGUCUUUGGCAACAGCUGGGAGGUGAAGACGGAGGACUCCGUGCUCCGCUUCCGCAGGGCAUUACAAGUGGAGGCAGACAGAAAAGAGCCAGGCUCCUACAGGUCGGAAUGCAGCCAGGAGCAGCUGGCACUCGUCAACAGCACCCAGGCCUGCAGGGUGCUGGUCGACCCCCAGGGCCCCUUUGCCGCGUGUCACCAGACUGUGGCCCCAGAGCCCUUCCAGGAGCACUGCAUGUCGGAUCUGUGUGCUGCCCGGGACCCCAAAGAGCACGAGGAGUUGCGCUGCCAGGUGCUCAGCGGCUACAGCAUCACCUGCCAGGAGGCGGGCACUGCCCUGGCCGGCUGGCGUGACCACACCCACUGUGCCAUGGUAUGUCCAGCCAACACCGUGUACCAGAGCUGCAUGACGCCCUGUCCAGAGUCCUGUGCCAACCUGGCAGCCCCCAGGGACUGCGAGGGCCCCUGCGUGGAAGGCUGCGCCAGCCUCCCAGGUUAUGCCUUCAGUGGUGCCCAGAGCCUCCCCUUGGCCAACUGCGGCUGCACCAGCAACGGCAUCUACUACCAGCUGGGCCACAGCUUUGUGACUGCAGAUUGCUCUCAGCGUUGUACCUGUGCCAGCUCGGGGGUCCUGCUGUGCGAGCCCUUCAGCUGCAGACCCGGGGAGAGCUGCACCCUGGGGAAUCUCACCCGAGGCUGCUUCCGAGAAAGCCCGUGCCUGCGGAACCCCUGUCAGAAUGAUGGGCGGUGUCGGGAGCAGGGGACCAGCUUCACCUGCGAAUGUGAACCCGGGUAUGGAGGGCACCUCUGCACGGAACCUCGGGAUGUCCCACUGCCCCCAAAGCCAGACACAUCCAACUUGGUGGCCAUCCUGCUGGGAAUGCUCGUGUCCCUGGUGGUCACUGUGCCCGUGCUGGCCAGAAAGUGUGUCUCCAGGAAGAGGCGGCGGUGGAGGUGAGGAGAAGACGCAGAGUCUGAGCCGAGAUCGGCUCCUGGGCGCAGGUGA